UGUUGUAUUUUUGUCUCUUUCUUAAACAAGCUGGUAGACAAAGAUACGGAUACACUCAGUGCCCACUAAACCUUCCAAAAGAAAUCGCCAUUAUUUUUUAUUGACAUUGACAGUGACAGUAGUGGGUUUUGCUUUUGGCUGGGUUUAUUUAGAGAAAAAUUAAAAAAUAGUCGAUAAACCUAUAAAUAAUUCAGUUCAAUAUAAUUGUGUAAAACCUUCCUAGGUUCUGCAAUGUCUCGAUAUAAUUCGGAUAGUAAAGUUUACGUUGGAGAUCUUGGAAACAGCGCCUCCAAACAAGAAAUCGAAGACGCGUUCAGGUACUAUGGCCAUCUUAGGAAUGUUUGGGUUGCCAGAAACCCGCCCGGUUUCGCCUUUGUGGAGUUUGAAGAUGUCCGAGACGCCGAAGAUGCUGUUAGGGGUUUAGAUGGAAGAAGCAUUUGUGGAAGAAGGGCCAGAGUGGAAAUGUCCAACGCUAAAGCCGCCAGCAAGCGUAGCCGUGGCGGACCUCCGCCAAGAUCCAGAGGACGUCCAUUUCAUCCUGAGGAUCGCUGCUACGAAUGCGGCGACCGCGGACAUUACGCUAGAGAUUGCGGAAAAUAUAGGAGAAGCCGCAGGAACAGGUCUCGUAGCAGAUCCAGGAGCCGUUCCCGUGAUCGUCGUUCAAGGUCUCGCAGCAACUCGAGAUCUCGUAGCCGUUCCAGGUCGCGCAGAUCCAGAUCAGCUUCGAAGAAAAGUAGAUCGAGGUCUCGUUCGAAUAAUAGAGAAGACAGGCGCUCCAGGUCUCAUUCUCGCUCUCGAGGCCGGUCUGUACCCAAGGAAAAUGGGAAAGAAUAGUUGCUUACGGUUUUAGAAGGCUGGAGCAAUCAGGUUAUUGGAAAUGUGUAUUUGGCAAAUAAUUUUUUUGACUGAGUUUUGAGGGUUUUAAUUUUAGUAUUACAUUAUUUACUUACUGACAUAGUUUAAGCAGUAACUGCAAUUUAUAUAAGCUUUUAAUUCGACUUAUUCUUUUAAUCUGAUUGUUUGCCUUUUAAUUUUUUUUUUUCUAUUUGAAAUUGUAUUCACUUGCAUUUUUUUUUGGUUUAUUUUCUUUUGAUCAGAUCCAAGCCAGUUCUUGAAACAAUUUCGCACAAGUCUCUAGUAUUAUGUGCAGGAACUACAUUGUACAAGUUUUGUAAUUGAUUCUAGAACUGAUUUUGAUUAGAACUAGAAAUUUUCGUGUAAUUGUAUGUUGUAAGUAAGUUUAAAUUAGAUGCUUUAGAAGUAUGUAAGUAUUGUUUUAUUUUCCUAUUCAUUUUUGAAGUCAAGAGAAGAUUUUGGAUGUGAGUGAAUUGAACACAGAAAAUUAUCCAUCAUCACAGUAGGUAAAUCUAAAUCAUAAGGUUCUUCUUACUAAAACGAUGAAAUUUCAAAAAAAAAAUUGUUGAGAUUUUGUGUCCUAAUAGUCCUUUGAGAUCCCCCCAUCUCCAUACACUAAGUUAUUCUGAGAUUUGGACCCAGAUUCUGUGAAAAAUGGCACUCAGAA